AUGGCAGCACCACCUCUCAGCCUCGCACGCCGCGUCGCCGGCGCCUCCUCCCCUGCCGCCGCGGCGCAUUCCUCCUCCUGUCCCCGUUACUUUCGUCCUCGCCUGCUCCCUUCAAAGCGGUGGAGUGGGGUGGUGAAGAUGGGGGCGGCAGUGGGAGGCGGGCAGGGGGGCGAGGAGGAGGAGACGAGGCAGGCCAAGGAGAUGGCCGCUGCCAGGAGGCGGUGGGAGACGCUGAUCAGGGAGCAGAAGAUCAAGACCCUUACACCAAGGGAAGCUGGCUAUACAUUCAAACUCACGGACAAGGUCCUUCUGGAUGUUAGGCCUUCAAAUGAGCGUCAAAAGGCCUGGGUGAAAGGUUCUACCUGGAUUCCAGUAUUCGAUGUGGAUACAUCGUCUGAUUUGAAUGGCCUCAGCAAGAAAGCAUUCAACUUUAUGAUUGGUGGCUGGUGGAGUGGCAGCUCAACAAUGUCAUUCAAUAAGAACUUUGUACAGCAGACCGAGGAGAAGUUCUCAAAAGAUGCAGAUAUCAUCCUAGUAUGCCAGAAGGGACUGAGAUCAAUUGCUGCCGCAGAGCAACUUUACAAUGCUGGCUUCAAAAUUUUAUUCUGGGUACAAGGAGGAUUGGAAGCUGCUGAAGAGGAGGACUUUGAGCGGGAAGGUUCCCAGCCUUUCAAGCUUGCUGGUAUCGGUGGGGUUUCUGAAUUUUUUGGCUGGACGGAUCAGCAACGUGCACAGGCUGCAAAGGAAGGAUGGGGAUAUCGGCUGCUCUUCACGGGCCGAUUGCUCCACGUCGCGGAGGAGCUGCUGGAGCCCUUCGGCAUCGACGCGUCGGCAGAAAUGCAGGACAAAACACCAGAAGAACCAGGACAAGCCAUAGUCAUGGCGAUCUCGAGAUCAGGAGCGAUAGGAGGUGUGUCCCAGAAGGUGUUUCAACUCCGCGCUUGGAUUCAGGGCCGAGAGGUGCUGAUGUUGGUCGAAUCAGGCAGCACCAACUCCUUCAUCAACAAGCGUUUUGCCGAGGGAAUCAAGGGCGUGCAGCCAUUUUCAAGGGCUUACAAGGUGCGCGUGGCGGACGGAGGGGAGCUGAUAUGUUCCUCACAUGUGCCAGAAUGCACAUUGUGCUCCCAGGGGCAGGGGCACCAGUUCUGUGACGCCCCCGAUUCAAUCAUACACUAA